UCGAGUCUAGAGGCUUUACAGUCAACCGACUGGCAUGUGAUCUGUUUCUUCCAAGAGAUGGACGACAGUGUCAGGAGAAAGUUCCGAGAGUUUCAGAUUAAACCUGAUCCGCCACAAUUUAGGAGAGGAGGCGAAUGUAGCUCUGGAAAUGCUGGUGGUAUUGCUUGGGAAACUUAUCUCGCUGAUUACAUAAAUAUAUUGAGGAUGUUAAAACUUCAGUUCUCAAAAAAAGGGGGAAAUAAAUUGGACGAUUGUGCUGAGUUUUAUGUCUUGCGGGAAAUCUCCAAGGCCUUUCGUAUAAAUCUUCUCGACAGCCGUUUUCCUCUGUAUGGCUACGCUUCUGAAAAAACGUCAACGAAAGUGUAUUACUGGUACGGAACAGCUGACGCAAUUGGUUGGUACAAAGAUGAUAAGGGGAAGGGAAGGUAUGUCAUUGUGGAUUGGAAGGUUCUUGACAUCUUGGAAUUCUGGGAAAAAGCCCAGACGGUUUUGGGAAAUAUCCGCAGCUGCGUUUAGUCAACGCAAGGCUUCUUCAGCUUCAUAUGCAUCUUGAGUACCUGCCGCACAUCUUGAUCGUACCCAUCAGUUCAACAACUGGACAAGACAUCGGCCCUGCGUUGUUUUCAGAUUUCUCAAAGGAGUGCAAAGAAGCGAUCGAAGGUUUUAAGUGGUCUGUCACAGUACCCGCGCCUACAUUGAAAGUACGUAAAGGACGUCCGUUCCAUCGCCACUUAAGAAGAGGACGCGUAGACAGAAACUUGCCUCUGGUUUCUUUCCUUCACGAGUCUGCGACUGUAGGAGAGUUGCUAGAUUUAUUGGGAUUUCCUUCACUAGAAAUCAUAUAGAAAUGGACUCCGAUCUGUAAACACAAUUACGAAGAAUAGAGCCUAAAAGCUGACACUUAAGAUAUUUCGCAAGGGCGGUUCCCGCUACGCUUACCCACAAUAAAGUACUUGUUUACCCAUAGGAAGUGUGUGUUAGUUGUUGCGUGAUAGAGGAAAGUAUCUAUCGCGAUCGCCACUUAAUAACUUGCAACAACAGCUUAAUAAAUCGCCACCGUAUUCACCUUGAUUGGUUGCGUGUACGAGUGAUUCUUAGGAUGAGAGGGGCAUGCGCGUUGGUAUUUCAAUCGCCGUAAAGAAAAACUCACAGUUUUCUCUUCCAAUUUCUGAGAAAAACUGUCUUACUGGUGCACAAGGAUCUGUUGUAUCAGAGGCUCCAAAACAUAAAACGGAAUAGGACAUAUAUCAAUUGAAUUACACCAAAAGAAACACGUUCUCGGCACUAAGUUCUACCAAAUAGAUUCAUAGCAUUAGAUAAUCAACCAUCAUUGAUUUUGUGGGCAGAUUGGGGGAUGAGUACAGGCUCAGUUUCUUAUAUUUGACU